AUGCCAGACAAAACAUUAAAUAAUCAAACAUCGUCAUCUUUUUUAAAAAAAAUUAUUAACGCACGAUUAAUUCAUAAUCAUAAAAUCAUUGAAAAUGAUGUUUUAUUCAUUCAAAAUGGUUUAAUAAUCGACCCACAAAAUCAUUUUUUCACCAAAGAAUCAUCUCCAGACUUGGUGAUUGAUGCAAAAGGAUUAUUUGUAGUCCCAGGAUUCAUUGACAUACAAAUCAAUGGUGCAUUUGGCGUUGAUUUUUCACAAACAUCUGCUGAUUUUGAUGAACAGAAGGUAAAGGCUGAUUUAACUAAAGUUUCAAAAGGUUUAUUGAGAACUGGAUGUACUAGUUUUAUUCCAACACUCAUUAGUUCUGAAGACCAUGUCUAUAAAAAUAUGUUACCAUUGAUUGGACCUCGAAAAGGAAAUUUAAAGAAUGGAGCAGAGAUUUUGGGAUCUCACGUUGAAGGGCCUUUUAUAACACCAGAAAAAUGUGGUGUGCAUGAAAAAUAUAAAUUUAAAGUUUUAUCAAAUGGUUUUUCAGACUUUGAAAAUACUUAUGGAUCAGAAAAUAUUAGAAAUUCUAUUAAACUUAUAACUGUUGCGCCCGAAGUUGAAGGAGUAUUGGAUAAUAUUGAAAGACUUGUUAAAUCUGGUAUUACUGUUAGCAUCGGCCAUUCAGCUGCUACUGUUGUUGAAGCUGAGUCGGCCAUCAAAAAAGGGGCAAAAUGUAUUACACAUUUAUUCAAUGCUAUGCAGCAGGCAAAUCCUGGAAUAAUUGGACUAUUAGGUACUACAUGUAUUAAAAGACCUUAUUAUGGUGUAAUAUGUGAUGGAAUACAUGUACAUCCAAACUCCAUAAAAAUUGCAUAUGAUUCACAUCCAAAAGGUGCAAUUGUAGUAACUGAUGCUAUUUCUGCAAUGGGAUUACCGCCAGGUGAUUAUGAAUUAGGAGAUAUACAUGUACGUAAACAGGAUGAAAAGGUUGAGAUAGUUGGUACAAGGACAUUGGCUGGAUCAGUUAUUACAAUAGAUGAAUCUGUUCGAAACUUUAAAAAAUUUACAGGAUGUUCUAUUGUUGAGGCAAUUGAAGCUGCUACAUUACAUCCUGCAGAGCUAUUGGGCAUACAGAACAGAAAGGGUACUUUAAAUACCGGUUCUGAUGCAGAUCUUUUAUUUUUGGAUGAUGAUCUUAAAAUUAUUAGAUGUUUUAUUGCAGGCGAAGAAUUUGACAUGAAAAAUAAUGAUUUUUAA